AUGUUUGAGGAGAGUGUGUGCCUUCUUCUUAGAGCAGCGUGGUUUAAUCCCUUAAUUGUGGAGAGUUAUGAAGAUGCAUUUGAGUAUAAUGAUGAUGAUGAGAACGAGGAUGAUCUAGCCUACGUUUACUUAAGGCGUCAAGAUGCAAGGCCAGUUCUUCGACCAAAUCCGCACGAUUCUGAUGUUGGUUCGUCAUCGCGUGAACCUAAGAAGAAAGAGGCUGCAAAAGAUAUAACAGGGCGGCGUGCCAAGAGGACACUUAAGCGUGAAGCUGCUGAUAAGGCGGCGGCAGCAAAACAUGAACAGCGGAUAUUAAACUCUCUAGGUCACUAA